UAUAAAUACUGUCAAGUUUUGAAAAUGCAGGGAAAGGUCUCUAGGUGUAAAAACAGGUAUAACGUUGAAGGAACUGACAUUGGAUUUACACAGAAAGGUUACAAAUACAUCCGUGACGUAGACAGAGUCACUUGCGAAGAGACUUGUCUAGAUGACGUGGAUUGUGUGGCGGUUGAAUUCCGUAAUUUUACGUCAACCAUUUGUAGUUUCUUCAAAGGUGAUGUUGUUAGUAGAGUGGUAACCCAACAAGGAAGCCAAAUUGUAGUUUUCUUAUCACAGCUAGCAACCAACAAGAAGGUCCUCUCGCUAGAAAAAGCAAGCUUUCGAGGGUAUGCAUUUAAGGCCCCCAGGCAUGAUAAGCCGCAAGAUUGUUGGCGGCAGUGUGAGGAUGAACUCGAGUGCGACGCCUAUUCGUGGAGUUCAUCGAGGAGCCUGAAGUGUUCUCUGUUUUUAGCUAAACAUAUCACAUAUAUCCGAUAUUCUUCAACAUCCCAGGCGGCACUAGUACAAAACAAAUAA